AACUCUGUUCUUCGACUCAAUUUAGCGGCGCUCGAGAUUUUGGAGGUUGCAGGUUAAAAACGAACGACACAAGUCACAACCAAAGAAACCACCAAGAUGGACGGAGGAGGAGGAGGAGUAGUUCCGGAAUCAAUAACGGAGGCAGCGAAUAGAACUUCAAUCAACUUUCAAGAAUUCCAAACUAAUUUCCUCGAUUUCUUGCCUCUUUGCGACUCUGAUACUCUUUCCGAAUUGGACCCUCUUCAGCGUGCUCAAUCUCUCCUCUUGCUCGCAAAAGCCACCACAACACUCUUCACAUUGAAGUUGCGUUGCAAUGGCGUCGACCCAGAUGACCAUCCUGUCAGAUCGGAACUUGAGCGAUUGAACUUGUAUCAGGAGAAGCUCGAUAGGUCUUUAAAUUUGAGCAAAGCCCCCUUGCGACCUUCUGCUACAUUAAACUAUCAGGCUGCAACCAGAUUCAUUGAGCAUUCGUUGCCUGACCUUACUUCUGAUCAAAGAAAGAACAUGAGGGAAAUCAGUAGACGAGAGGGGGUAAAAUCUGGAAAUGUUAGUAAGAAGAGGAAGUAUCUUUCAUCUGAUAAACCUUCUGUCCGAACUGCUGCCCAAGAGUUUCUUGAAAAAGCAGCUCGUGAGCUUCUUGGCAAUGAUAAAAGUUCCUUCAAGGGGCCUUUAAAGCCUCAAGAUGAAGAUGAAGAUGACAUGGCUGUCACUUGAUUCUUAGGAUGGCAUGGCUGGUGUUUGUAAGUCUCUUUGUUUUUUAUUUGGUGGGUUUAUAUGAAUGAAUGAAUGUAUGUUAUGAUUUAUAAAGUAGGAUUAUGUAGUAAAUUUAAGUUGGUAGUUAUGGUAUAACAAGUUUACCUUAAAUGAAAAUCAGAUCAAAAUUGGUUAUCUUUCAUACAA